AUCAAUUUCUAAAAUAUUAUUUCAUUAAUUUGUAGGCAACUAACUCCAAACCAUCAAGAUGUCAUCAGCUAAAGGCCCGUCUAUCGGCAUUGACCUGGGCACCACCUACUCCUGUGUGGGGGUGUUCCAGCAUGGCAAAGUGGAGAUCAUCGCCAACGACCAGGGCAACAGGACCACACCCAGCUAUGUGGCCUUCACAGACACCGAGAGACUCAUCGGAGACGCAGCAAAGAACCAGGUGGCCAUGAACCCCAACAACACCGUUUUUGACGCCAAACGCCUGAUUGGCCGAAAGUUCAACGAUCAGGUCGUGCAAGCCGACAUGAAGCACUGGCCCUUCAAGGUGGUCAGCGACGGAGGAAAGCCUAAAGUUCAGGUAGAUUACAAAGGUGAGAACAAAUCCUGAUACAAUCAUAAUAAU